AUGACGACUACAGUGACAAAUUCAACCCUCACGCUUGAGCCAAUCAGCACGAAGUCUGUAAGAACGUACAAGGACUCGCCAGGCAUUGUCGUGAAAAAGACCAAGUCUGUUCCAAACGAAAUCAUCGAUGCCCAAUCUGCUUCGCUCUACUCAAAAAUACACAACGAUUGGAGAGAUGACCUUGUUCGGGACGGUUAUGCGGUGAUCAAAAAUGCUAUCCCAAAAGAUCGUGCUGAGAACUACCAGCAGGAAGCUUUCAAGUGGAUGAAGAGCUUCGGAAACGAUGAACUCGACUUUGAUGACCCUAAAACUUGGAGAAAAGAGAACCUGCCUCCGGUUGAUGCUGACAUCAACGCAUACAACUGCUACGGAGUCACCCACGAAAAGUUUGUGUGGGACGCCAGAAUGGAGCCGGGAGUUCUUGGCGAGUUCGAAAAGCUCUGGGGCACAGAUGAGUUGCUGGCCUCUUUCGACGCGUUGAACGUGACUUUUCCAAACAGAGCUGAUGCUCCAGAAAUGAAGCCAUGGCCGCACUUUGACCAGUCGCCUUUCAAGCCUGGGCUCCACUGUGUUCAGGGUAUCAUCAGCUUGAGCAACCAUGGCCCCGCUGAUGGCGGACUGGUGGUUUACCGUGGCAGCAACAACCUGUUUAACAAGUUCUUUGCAACACAAGUCAGAAAAGAGGACUGGGACGAGUUCAAUUACUAUCAGUUGUCUGAAAGCCAGCUCAAGUGGUUCAUAGACAACGGGUGCGAGGAGAUCAAGGUCAACUGCGAGCCGGGAGAUCUAGUGCUCUGGGACUCAAGAACUUGCCACUGGGGAAUGGUGCCGACCGAAAAAAGCAACACUAUUCGUACGGUGAUCUACUCAUGCUUCACUCCGGCCAAGUUUGCUUCCGAAGAGGCACUCGACACUAAAAAGGAGCUAUUUGAGAGUUUCAGUGGAACCACUCACUGGCCCCACGCAGAUCUCACCGCUGUGCGUAACCCGGUGAUCAAACCUAUUCACCGACCACAACCUCUGUCAAUGCCCGAACUGUCCGACAAGUUGCUAAAACUAGCUGGAGCAAAACACUAUUAA